AUGAAUUCUCAAAUCUCAAGUCAUAUCGAGCAAUUGCUUACUCAGGCCACCCACAAACCGCUCAUUGUGGGAAUCAGCGGCCCACAAGGUUCAGGCAAGUCUUACCUCGUGACCCACCUCCUUGAUCAUUUCCAUACAACCCAGCCCAACUUAAAGGUAGCUGGCUUCCUGAUAGACGAUUUUUAUCUUCCUCAUGAUAAGCAAGCUGAAGUGACUGCCAAUGCCAGAAAUGAAGGCAAUUGGGUGCUUCAGGGCAGAGGGUUGCCUGGCACACAUGAUGUGGAGCUUUUGCAAGAGGUACUUGCGAAGCUUCGGGCAAAACAGCCAGUAGCGGUUCCCAAAUACGAUAAAAGUGCAUUUAAUGGCGAGGGAGACAGGUUACCACAGUCCGAAUGGGAGAAGUUUGACGGUGCCGUGGAUUUGGUGCUUUUAGAAGGAUGGUUCACUGGAUUCAGAGCUCUAGAGCCAGGCACGUUCACUACAGCAUAUUUCACCAACUGGCCCAGCAGCUUGGUUCAAAAGCAUAAAUUUUAUCAUCUUCAGGAGGUGAACGAGCGACUCGAGGAGUUCCACCUGGUGUGGGAUUCGUUCGACUACUUUGUAUUCUUCGAUACAGAUUCCACUGAUAACGUAUAUGCAUGGAGACAGGAGCAAGAGGACGAGUUGAUAGCAAAGAAGGGCACCGGAAUGACCAAGGAACAGGUCAGGGCGUUUGUAGAUCGUUACAUGCCGAUGUACGUGCUUUACUACUGGAGGUUGUGUCGUGAGGGAACAGCCAAGAAGGGGAAGAAUCUCAAAGUAAGGAUCGACGAGAAAAGAGAAGUCUUGAGCAUUGAGGUGGUGUAA